AUGUCAUGCUCACCUGCGGCUAUUGCGUCUGCUGAAAACUCAGCCGGACGAGCGGAUGUCGGUACAGCACACAACCAGACAAAAGAGAACUCUGACCAUCUGGCGAGAAUACGAGAGAAUCAGCGAAGAUCCCGGGCGCGAAAGCGGGAGUAUGUGUCAGACCUGGAAUCAAAGAUAAAGGGGUGUCAGGAGGAAGGACUACAGCUCAACAUUCAGAUUCAGCGGGUGGCGCGAAGGGUUGUGGAGGAGAACAAGAAGCUGCGGGAGUUACUGGCGCAGGUCGGUAUAGACGAGUGGACGGUGGAGGAUUACUUGAAGAGCAAGAGCGGAGAGGAUUUUCAGUCGUGGAUUACGCAGCGGCAUCAGGAAGAGGAGAUAUUGAAGGCGCAACAUCCUUGUCGCACGUGCGGGACUGCGCCGGCAAAGGCGAAGGAUGAGAAUAUGAGCCGGUCAAAGUCCAAGCCUGUGGUUGCUGCUGCUUCACUUGAGUCUUCGUCGUCGUCAGUGCCUGCCGUGGUGACUGCUCCAAGGCCUGCAGGCGUCGCGAUUCUUCCGCAGCCGCCGUUCAACCCAGCUGCAGCUGCGCUGCCUAGUUCUCGGGUUCCGGUGGCAGCACCACCGCAGGUAUUUUCAGGUGCGCCUCAGUAUCCGUCGAAUAUGCUACCGUACGGUAUGAACGCAGUCGGGCCAAGCACGAUGGUUCACCCACAACCACCUGCCGCAGCGGCAGCAGGCGACAGCGCGACGGUGCUGCCGAUAGAUUUCACAGCGUACUUCCAGUCGGUCGACAUUGACUCUAUACAGCUGCCGAACGACUUUUAUACGUCGUCAGCGUCAUCGUCGUCAGCGCAGAACGGGGCAAAUUCAUCAAGCGAAUCGUCAGCUUCGUGCUGCGCGUCGUCGGCGUCGUCGGCGUCGUCGCCAGAAUGCACUGCGUCGGACGUGUGUGCGUCGAAGUCGCAGUAG